CCGUUUACUCGACAUAGAGCUGCAUUAUCCUAGCAUUGGUGGGAAGAGAAGACAUUUGGUAUAGGUGGAAUGUGAAAAGAAACUCCUGACCUUACGGCCGCCCACGACGCGUGCACCGCCCCUCCUUCACGCUUCCGCUUCGACGAAUCUCGAUAGACGACCGCAUCCAGGGCCUAGGGAGGGGGAGACGACAUUGUACACAACGUGGCCAUGGCGCCUAGCUCGGGGCAUGGCCCCCAUCCAUCCAACGGUUCGGCCUCGGGCGAUAGACGUUACAGCGCAGUAAACGGAAAACCCCAAGCUGCCGUCGCGGCCAGACACGACAGAACACCUAAUACCCCAAGAAAGGAAAGCGGCGGACGAGAGAAGGCCUUACAAGAUCCAGGUCUAAGAGAUUAUCGUCUAGGAGAAUGUCUAGGCAAAGGAGCUUUUGGCUCCGUCUACAAGGCCAUCCAUUGGGGCACCGGCGAGGCCGUGGCGGUAAAACAGAUCAAGUUGGUGAACCUACCAAAGAGUGAACUUCGAAUGAUUGAGGCUGAGAUCGACCUCUUGAAGAAUUUGAAUCACGAUAACAUCGUUAAAUACAUUGGGUUUGUCAAAUCAACGGACUGCCUCAAUAUUAUCCUAGAGUACUGCGAAAAUGGUUCUCUACACUCGAUAUGCAAGGCUUAUGGCAAGUUCCCGGAGAACUUGGUUGGAGUAUACAUGACCCAGGUUCUCCAAGGUCUUCAGUAUCUGCACGACCAGGGUGUUAUUCACAGAGACAUCAAAGGCGCCAACAUAUUAACGACUAAAGACGGCAAAGUUAAGCUUGCAGACUUCGGCGUAUCGACUAGUACCCUCGCCGGACCCGACAAGGAAGCUCAAGUAGUAGGAACCCCGUACUGGAUGGCCCCGGAGAUAAUUGAGCUUUCCGGUGCCACGCCGGCUUCUGAUAUCUGGAGUUUGGGAUGUACCGUCAUCGAGCUAUUAUCUGGCAAACCUCCGUACUACCAUCUUCAGGCGAUGCCCGCAUUAUUUGCUAUCGUUAACGAUGACCAUCCACCUCUUCCUGAAGGGGUAUCUUCGGCGGCGCGAGAUUUUCUUAUACAGUGCUUUCAGAAGGACCCCAAUUUACGUGUCUCCGCAAGAAAGCUUUUGAAGCAUAAUUGGAUUGUGGGCUGCCGUCGGAGUGACGCUCCGGUGGCCAAAGCACCUGGCAACUUCAGUCAGGCGGUCGAGGAGGUUAAACAAUGGAAUAAAGCUCUCACCUCCUCUGAAACCAACCUUAGAGCUUCUGGAGGAUCCGACUCUUCAAUGCCUUUGCAUCAUGGUCACCCUACAUCUCGAUUCACGUCACAAGACCAGCCUAGGUCUAACAUGCCGACGCCUUCGAAAGCGCCCUUUCCUCUCGGAAAGCCAAAGCUCACCGCCGAAGACUUUCGAUCUCCCGAACUUGCAGAUGACGACAAUUGGGACGAUGAUUUUGCAACGACGUUCUCACCCAAUGCCUUGAGGCUUCCUAUGAAGCCCCAGGACCACUUUGGUGGCUUGCUUUCGGCUGAUCGUCUGAAAGCUUUCGCAUCUAUGGAUAACUCGCGUGAGAUUUCUGUUAACUGGGACAAUGACUAUGAUGGCGAGCUUAUGACAAUGAAAAAAGUACCGCCCAUUCAAGAGGAAGAUCCACAGGAGAAGACGAUCCGACCCAACUGGAAGAUGACACCCAAGCCUGAAAAGACCGAUUCUAAGCAGCAACCGCCGAAGUCCUCUCCCCGGAAAAGAUCAACAAAUGGUCACCAGAGAGAGAAAUCUCAACCCAAAAGCCAACUUGGUGGUACCAAAUUUGAGCUACCUUCGCGCCCUGAUCUGGCAUUUAGGGAACAAUCGGUGGAGGAUUAUUCAGAUCUUUUCGAUGAUAACGACAGUGUUUUUAACCAACGAUUGAACUUAGCGAAAAAGCCUGAUACGCCUCAACUCUUUCACCCUUCAGAUCUCACUAGUUUGCCGCGUUCUAUGCAAUCUCCCGUCUCGGGAACCUCAAGAAGGCAAUCUUCGGCGCGACCAUCAGUACUUCCCGAUCGUCCUAUGCAAAGGUCAAAUUCGUCUAUUGAGAUCCAGAAGUUUGCCGAGGACGAAGAAGACGAAGAUUUCUCAGACAUCUUUGGACCAGGUGGCAACUUGGCCGAAAAGGAAGAGAGCGAUCGAGGAUCUGAAGACGGUAAUCUAGUACUAUCGCGAUUAUCUAGUAACUCUUGGCUCGGCGAUGACGAGGACGAAGACGAUCCUUUCGCAUCUAUGGACCCAGAUUGGGACGAAAUGGAUCUAGAAGCAAACAUCGCCCGCGACCGAUCCGCGCGGCUUGCGGAGAAGAUCGAAGAACUCGUCGGUUCGCUUAAGACCACCGAGGGUGAAGAGACUCUUCUUGAAUUGUCGGGAGAUUUGCUAGGUUUACUUUACGAGCACAGAGAGGUCAAGAAUCUAAUCAUUAGCGCCCAUGGACUACUUCCUAUUCUCGAGAUCCUUGAACCAUGUACCGCUAAGAGCAAGCAACGAAUGAUCUUGCAACUGCUGCAAGUUGUCAACACGAUUAUUUUAGAUGACAUCGAGCUGCAAGAGAAUCUUUGCUUCGUUGGCGGUAUCCCGAUCAUCACGAAGUUUGCGGCCCGGCAAUACUCUAAUGAAAUCCGCUUAGAGGCUGCAGCCUUUGUAAGACAGAUGUAUCAAACUUCCACCCUGACACUGCAGAUGUUUGUUAGUGCUGGCGGUCUCAAUGUCCUGGUGGAGUUCUUAGAUGAAGAUUAUGACAGUGCAAGAGACCUUGUGCUCAUCGGUGUCAAUGGUAUUUGGAGUGUGUUUGAGCUUCAGGGACCUACCCCGAAGAAUGACUUCUGUCGCAUCUUCUCGCGAAGCAAGAUCCUUGAUCCUCUUGCUCUGGUUCUCCAUCGUGUCCUUGACGAGGAUUCUGAGAAUGAGCUUACGGAAUUGAUUGAAGGUCGUAUAGUGAACAUCUUCUAUCUGUUCUCGCAAGCUGAGAACUAUGUUAAAGAGAUGGUGGCUGACCGACAAGUGUUAAAGAGCAUCCUAAAGGAUCUACGUCGUAUGACACCAGCCCAUCAGAUCACGAUGCUGAAAUUCAUCAAGAAUCUCUCGAUGCUCUCUACGACGCUUGAAGCUCUCCACGCUGCAGACGCUAUUGAUCUCCUUAUCGAAUUACUCAGCAAUAGCAUGAAGAAUGGCCAUCCUCAUUUCCGCGAGAUUUCGAACCAGGUAUUGAACACAAUGUUCAACCUCUGCCGUUUGAGCAAGGACCGCCAAGAGUAUGCGGCUGUCAAUGGAAUUAUUCCAUUGUUAUUGGAGAUUAUGAAGACGGACCGUCCUCCGAAGGAAUUCGCCCUACCUAUCUUGUGCGACAUGGCCCACUCGGGAAGCAAGGGACGCCGAUUCUUGUGGCAGAAUAAGGGCCUCGACUUCUACAUCUCUCUCUUGGCAGAUCAGUACUGGCAGGUUACUGCGCUGGACGCUAUUUUCGUUUGGUUGCAAGAGGAGACGGCCAAGGUAGAAGGUCAUCUUAUCAACUGCCAGUUCACGGACGCCAUUGUUUCUUGUUUUAACACGCACAAGAUCAACGCGUUCGAUCCUAAUCUUUUGGAACCUCUGCUCAAGGUUCUUCGAAUCUCCCCAUCGUUGGCCGCAUCACUGGCUAAAUCAGCUAUGUAUUCGGGAAUAGCGCAGAAGCUUUCCCACAAGAAGGCUGUUGUUCGUUUGAACCUACUCCGUCUCGUCCGAAACAUACUCGAGGCACGAGAAUCGGAUUACUUUGCAGAUCUGCGAAACAAGCAGCUUGGAUCUCUGGUGGAUGCCAUCAGAAUCCUGGCUGAGAAGGAUUCUGCUGUGCUGGUUCGAAACCUAGCAUCUGAUCUGGUCUCCCUUAUAGAUGGAGGUCCCGACCAGUUUGCCGUACCUACAUCGGCGCCACAGGCCGCAGCGUCUAAUCGUGCGCGAUCUGGAGGAAGACGAAUAUAUACACCCCCUUCCCUUCAUUCCUCUACCUCAGUCCCCAUUACUCCUACGCAAGCCCCGCGUGGUCCUCACGCUCACUCUCAGUCUGCCGCCUUUAUCGAAGUGGCAUCGAGCGCUAGACGAUCGGCUGCUUCUCUUGCCCCAGAGCGUGAGCAUGUCGCAUAUCGUCCUAAAAGCAGAGAUGAUCUCACUAGCAAUUCUAGCGCACAGGUCAGUAGCCCCCGCCGAGCUAGUAGCGACAUUCAGGCGGGUAGCAGCUUGACUUCUAGCAAGAGCAGAGCACCUAGAACCCCAGGAAUCUAUGUCUCGCGACCUAGCUUAGGCGUCCCUACAGGCAUGCCCCGAAGCGAAAGCUUGAUGUCCAAUAAGGAAAACAUCGAAAGCGCCGCGGAGGGACCUCGACGACACGGAAGCCGAUUAUCUGUAUCGGAGUCUGGCAAUAUUGCCACUACCGGCGCUAGUUCAUCAACACGAUCUACAUCCGGGAAGCAGAGACGAAGCCGCGCCCCUAGUGAGGGCAAGCAGAAGUGGGGUACCUAGCCAUACCCUAUUACCUAUCCCCUAUGAUGAAUUAAAGGAACCUCGUAUGAAGAGGUUCGAAACGAAGUAUUAUUAUGAAUGAGGAUUGCAUCGAUGGAGACAUGGGGUCACAUGACAUGAAGAGUCAC